CUGAAGUUGGGAUACCGUUGAUGGAAAAGAUGUCUUUCUUUCAAAUAUCUACUACCUCGGAUAAUUGCAUCGAUUGUUCCCUCGUUCGAUGAAAAAAAAAAAAAGAAAAGGUGUCGGUCGUCUCUCAUGAGAUGAUGUACUCAAAUGCUGUCGCCGGUUCAAGGACAGGUCAAGGUCAGUAUGUUGAUUUGUGCUAAGCCACUAUCGAAUGCCAAAUUCAAAUUUGCGACAAUAAAUGUACCAAAAGCAAAAGCCCAAGAACUCCGAAUGCUAUACCCAAGCAUUUCCUUUGUUUCUCUUGCCUUUUCAUUUUAAUACCAAAGAGAAUCUCUAAACCUCCCAAUUCUUCGUUUUUUUCGCUUUCAUCUUCUUUUCCUUCCCUCUUCUGUUUUUGGCGAAUUAAGUAUAUCCCCAGGAUUUACCUUGUGAACCAUAUACUUGGACACCAAAGUCAAAUAUAGUUUUGAUCUUUAAUUGAUUUAGCCAUCUUGUAUGACGUUGAUCUGAAUUAUUAGAUCGUCCCAAGAGCCACUAUCUACCUAUCUGUCUUAAUAAGAACAGUCGCCUUCUUCCUACAAAACACCUUAUCUCAAUUCAGUCACUCGAACAAUAUCACACAAUUUCCGGAGGUCUCAACACGAUACACACAGACAUCGCAUCGAAUCCUCCAAAACUCUAUAACAAAAAUGUCUAAGAAAUACGAAGAAGGACCUCCACCUCCAGCCUACGGCUCGGAUGGUCCUAGUCAAAACCCGGCACCCGUCAUGCCUCAAGCAGCUUAUAUGCAACCUUCUCCUUCACCUCGGCCUCAAUAUCAGCAACAACAAUACCAACAGCCGUAUCCUCAGCAAUACCCACCACCAGGGCAACAAUACCCUCAACAAGGAUAUCCACCCCAAGGAGGAUACUAUGCCCCAGGCCCGCAAAUGGGAUAUCAACAACAACCGCAAUACGGAUACCAACAGCCUUAUGGAUAUCAGCAGGGAUAUGGACAGCAACCCUAUGGACAACAGCAAAGGGGUUCUUCUAGUGAAGGUUUUCUGGGAGCUUGUUUGGGAGCUUUAGCUUGUUGCUGCUGUUUGGAUUUGUUGUUUUAAGAAAGGUCAGUGGGGAGGAUGAAAGGGAAGAGGUGGAGCGGCGCAUUCCGGAAUAGAAGGGAUUGGGGGGCAUGGUGCACGAAUUCGACAAUAGAAACGAGAGAAAGUACACGAUAUGGAGAAUCUUGAAUAUCGGAACAUACCGGUACCAGGAUCUCUGAACGUUGGAUAGGAAGGUCUGUGAAAAUUAGAUAAUAGGCGUAUUGGGCUGGCUGGACCUGUCAUGGAACGACGCUGGGAGCGAUGAUUACGAGGGUCAGAUGCAUAGGUCAGGUUGUUUUGUUUGGAUGCAAAGGAAUCACGGGAGGAUAGGGUCUCGGCGUGGAAGGAUUAGGCUCUUGAUAAUUCCAUAAUUCUUAUAAUUAACAAUUUUCCUUUCUUCAAUAUGUACCUACCUACCUAUCUAUCUAUCUAUACUCGAUGUAUUUGAUAGCAAAGAUGCAUUCGUUCCCCGCUACUCUGCCUCCACGGCAGUGGCUCCCAGAGGGCCAGCGGAGCGUCAUUAAGCAAGAAAUUGUAAUUAUUAUAACUAUUAUUAUAGGGACAAGAC